UGGGACGUCAACUAAACCACCUGACGCGCGAACUCACACAUACGAAGUCACACUUAUUAUUGUCCUCUUGCUGGGUGGGUGGGAAUCUUUCACAGCACCAAGCGCAUGUCGCUAAAGUUUUUGCCCCAGCACCCUUGGUCUAAACCCAUAACCCCAACCUUUCCUAAUUCUUCCAAGGGAUCCCACAGCACCACAUUCUCACACUCUUCUCUGUCCAGGAUUCCAGAGACCUCCAGGUACCUUCAAUUUUGCAGGUGUGGUCUCAAAUGCAAGAAGGGGGUUAAAAGAUAGAUCUUGGAUUAAAUACACUCAUGAGAAGAUACGGACAUUAGUGAAUCUGAAAUGGACGAGUAUGAAGAUAAAUAUUAUGAAGAAUUGAAGAAUGGGAAUCGCAAUGUUAAAAAUUCUGACGAGACGUUUGCUUGCCCCUACUGCCCGAAGAGAAAAAAGAAUUAUCUAUAUAAUGAAAUUCUUGAGCAUGCUUCUGGGGUGGGCAAAAGUAGUUCAACAAAGAGAAGCGCAAAAGAGAGAGCUAAUCACCUUGCUUUGUUGAAAUAUUUGGAAAAGGAUUUAGGUCCAUCAAAACCUGUUUGCAAAAGUAGUUCAAAAAAGAAAAACGCAAAAGAGAAGGCUAAUCCCCUUGCUCUGGUGAAAUAUUUGGAAAAGGAUUUGGCAGGUCCAUCAACACCUGUUCUCAAGAGUGAUCCUCCUAUUGAUUGCAACCCCAAUGAGAGAAUCGUGUGGCCUUGGACAGGAAUUGUGGUUAACAUUCCAACAAGACGGACAGAUGAAGGAAGAUAUGUGGGAGAAAGUGGAUCCAAGCUGAGGGAUGAAUUGAAAAGUGGUGGGUUUAAUCCCAUAAGGGUCCACCCUCUAUGGAAUUUCCGGGGUCAUUCAGGCAGUGCUGUUGUGGAAUUCCAAAAAGAUUGGCCUGGGUUACAUAAUGCCAUGUCAUUUGAGAGAGCUUAUGAGGCAGAUCAUCAUGGGAAAAAGGACUGGUUUGGUAUUAGUGGCCAAAAAUCUGGUCUUUAUGCUUGGGUUGGCCGUGCGGAUGACUACAGUUCAAGUGGGAUUAUCGGGGACCACUUACGAAAGAUUGGGGAUAUUAGAACCAUUUCUGGAAUUAUGGAGGAAGAAGCCCGAAAGCAGGACAAGCUUAUAUCUAAUCUGACAAACACUUUUGAGCUGAAGAUCAGGCACUUGAAAGAGAUGGAGGAAAGAUGUAGUCAGACUUCAGUUUCCCUUCGGAACUUAAUGGAAGAGAAAGAUAAGCUCCUUCAAGCUUAUAAUGAAGAUAUAAGAAAAAGACAACUGAGUGCAAGGAAUCACUUUCAGAGGAUUUCCAAUGACCAUGAAAAGAUUAAGUUGCAACUGGAAUCUCAGAAAAAAGAGCUUGAGAUGCGUGGGAUGGAAUUGGAAAAGCGUGAUGCGCAUAACGAAAGCGAAAGAAGAAAGCUUGCUGAAGAAAUUGAGAAGAAUGCCAUAAGAAAUAGUGCUCUGCAAUUGGCCUCUUUGGAGCAACAAAAGGCUGAUGUAAAUGUAUUGAAACUGGCUGAAGAUCAGAAGAGGCAAAAGGAAAAACUCCAUAACAGAAUAAUUCAACUGGAAAAGCAACUGGAUGCAAAACAAGCGCUGGAAUUGGAAAUAGAGCAACUGAGAGGGACAUUAAAUGUCAUGAAGCACAUGGUAGAUGAUGGAGAUGUAGACGUUUUGAAAAAUUUGGAGACAAUACUUAAACAGUUGCGUGAAAAAGAAGGAGAGCUUGAAGAUUUAGAGGAUUUGAAUCAAGCUCUAAUAGUGAAGGAGCGCAAGAGCAAUGAUGAGCUGCAAGGAGCUCGAAAAGAAUUAAUUAAUGACUGGAAAGAGAUAGAGAUACGUGGUGAUAUCGGGGUUAAGAGAAUGGGAGAACUUGAUGAUAAACCAUUUCGCGAAGCAAUGAAGAGAAAGUAUGAUGAGGAAGAAGCUGCUGAGAGAGCUUCAGAACUGUGCUCACUGUGGAAAGAAUAUAUGAAGGAUCCCGAUUGGCAUCCUUUUAAAUUUGCUACAGUUGAAGGGAAACAGCAGGAAGUUAUAAAUGAUGAAGAUGAGAAAUUAAUAGGUUUGAGGAAUGAAUUGGGUGAUGAAGUUUACAAGGCCGUGACUACUGCUUUAAUGGAGAUAAAUGAAUACAACCCAAGUGGACAGUAUAUAACAUCUGAAUUGUGGAACUACGUGGAGGGAAGAAGGGCUACACUUGAAGAAGGAGUCAAAUCUAUACUGGAGCAAUGGAAAGGAUCUAAACGCAAAAGGGGAAUGAGUUGAAGGAAAUGAUAUUUCUGGCUCCAAAUGACAUGUCACUAUGGAGAUGGAAUGAGCUGGCCCAUUUACUUGAGGGCGUUGUGCCUUUAUGGCAUUUGUUCUUUGUAAAUUAUGGAAUUCCAUUUUGUAGGGAUUUUGCCGUUCUCCAUGAGAACUUUUUGAAAUCAAACUACAGCCGUGGUUAAUCCAGAUUGGGCUAGGCCCGGCUUCGCUGCA